CCUUUAUUACGUUUUUUCAGGGUAAUGCUAACUGGAUGGGUAGAGCAGAUGAACCUCUUACGGGAUUUUCGUGGAGAGGUGGUUGUGAAAGAGAUACUACUGGUAUACUUCUAUGGAGUAACUUGUUUUUAACGCAUUUACGUAAUGGAGAAGAGGUCGCUAUUUUAUUGCUUGACACUCAAGGAGCCUUUGAUAGUGCAUCUACUGUGAAAGACUGUGCAACUGUAUUUGCUCUUAGUACAAUGAUAAGUUCUGUCCAGGUAUACAAUUUAUCUCAGAAUAUUCAAGAAAAUGAUCUUCAGCAUUUACAGCUUUUUACUGAAUAUGGAAGAUUAGCAUUAGAAGAUACAAAGGAACGUCCCUUUCAGAAGCUGCUUUUUCUUGUGAGAGAUUGGAGCUACCCUUAUGAAGCACCUUAUGGCUUACAAGGUGGUAAAAAAAUUCUAGAAAAACGUCUUACAAUUUCAGAAAAACAACAUCCAGAGCUUCAGCAACUCCGAAAACACAUUCGUGCUUGUUUUGCUGACACAUCAUGUUUCUUAUUACCCCAUCCUGGGCUAAAGGUAGCCACUAAUCCUCAUUUUGAUGGCAGGCUUUCAGAUAUUGCUGAUAAUUUUAAGGAAAACCUGAAAACAUUAAUCCCUCUACUACUAGCAAGAGAAAAUUUGAUUUUGAAAGAAGUGAAUGGGAAAAAAAUAACUUGCAAAGAACUAUUAGAGUAUUUUAAGGCCUACGUUAAAAUAUUCCAGUGUGGUGAACUUCCUGAACCAAAAACUAUGCUUGUGGCCACUGCUGAAGCUAACAAUCUUGCAGCUGUGACGAAUGCUAAAGAUCAUUACUGUAAUGCAAUGGAAAAGAUAUGUGGUGGAGAUCAGCCAUACAUAAGGCCUUACCAACUUGAACUACACCACCAGCAUUUGAAGAAUGAAUGUGAAAUAUUGUUUAAUUACACUAGGAAAAUGGGUGGUGAGGAAUUCUCAAAACAGUACUGUGAAAAGCUUUUGAAAGAACUGGAUUUGAUGUAUCUUAAUUAUAAAAAACACAAUGAAGGCAAAAACAUAUUUGCUUCUGCAAAAACACCUGCCACUUUGUUUACUUUAGUAAUAAUCAUGUACUUUUGUUCUGGAAUCUUUGGAUUAAUUGGAAUGCUGGCUCUUGCCAAUUUGUGUAAUCUCAUCAUGGGUGUUGUUUUAUUAACUCUGUGCCUUUGGACUUACAUCAGAUACAGUGGUGACAUGCGAGAUGUUGGUACUCAGAUAGAUAUUCUUGCAUCAAAUAUUUUUAAAGAAAUUCUUAAACCUAUAUACAGAGCACUGUCAGAGCAUUCUGUGACUCAGUUAAUCAAUUUUGUUGAUGAAUCAAAUAUUAGUGGUAAUACAACUCUUUCAAGUCAUCUGAAACAUAAAAUAUCAUGAUAAGUAAUAUCGGUAAAUUAAAAUCAAAUAUUUUACAAAGAUUGUCAUUUUUAUAUUUAUGUAAUAUUUAUUAACAUGCAUUAACAUAAAUGUGUACUUAGCCAUUGUGAUAAAUCUUAUACUGAAAACACCAUUUAAAAUAUUUUUGAGACUAAUAUACAAAAAUUGAAAAGCUAUUUUCAGUAUUAAACUCUAAAAGUAGACAGUUUAUUCCCAAAAAAUAUUGUGAUUGUAAGAAAAUUCUAUUUUAUACUUCAAAAUACAUCUCUUUUAAAAAGCAUAUGUAAUUUCAGUACUAAAGUGUGUAUUUUUAAAGGGCUCAUGUAACAUGUUUCCUUUUAAUGGUGACUUCUGUUGCACUUUCAUCAUGUAAACUUUCUUUUAAAAUAAAUGCCAUGUGUGGUUUUGUUUAUGCAUCUUUAUGUAUUUUAUAUCUAUAUAAACUCACAUAUGAAUGCAUUAUUUGGAAAUGUCUCUGCCACAAAUUGAUAAAAAAAUAAUGGAAUGCUUUAUUGGAAUUUAAAAUAAAACAAUAUAUUUUUGGCAA